AUGUUACAGAAUGUGGUCCUAAAUGGAAAUGGACAUUUUCUGUAUGGCAAAGAAUCUAUUCCAAUGCAGCCGUGGAAAGUGGUUGAUUUGGAAGGGUGUCUCUAUUACGCCUUCCUUCCAGUGAAUCAGUCAUCAAAAGCAACAGAGGAGCAUGAAAGUGAUCAAAAACAAAAUGACAAAAUAUUGAAAACGGAUGUUGAUAAUGUGGAAAGUUCUUUUACAAUUCCAAGUGACAACAAUAUAACGUACACGAAUGUGUCGAAUAAUUUUUAUGCGGUAAAAAUAGAACGCGAGAAUACAUUUGAGAUGGAGAUGGGAGACGAUCAGUCUUACAACGAGGAGGAUAAAGUCUAUGCUUGCGACGACUGCAACAUUUGCUUUCCUGUAAUGCAAAUGUUGAAACGCCACCGUGAUAUGGUGCACGAGCAGGAUGUUAAAGACGUUGAGAAUAUUACGUACAGAUGCAACUUUUGCAGUUACGAGAGCACCAACAAAUCAACUCUCAAUUCGCACAUCAACAGAAAACAUUCCGGCAGAAAACGUAUCGUUAAACAUAAGGGUAAAUUUAAAUCCGUUAUUAAGAAAGAGUACUCGUGCGACGUGUGCGGAUUCAAUUGUCCGAGCCGACGACGGCUGAAAGAGCAUCUCGAUCGCAAACACGGGUCCGAGUACAAAUACGAUUGCGAGUACUGCGGCAAAAAGUUUAAGGUAAAGAGUGACAUGAGAUUGCACGUGCGUUUCAAGCAUAAAGAGAGCCCGAUAAUAUGCGACGUCUGCGGUAAAACCUGCUCUAACAGCAAUUCGCUGUAUGUGCACCAAAAGUGGGCGCACUUCAAGCCCAAAUACGAAUGCGAGAUCUGUAAGAGACGUAUGGUCACGCAAAAGAAUCUGGAUCAGCACAUCUUGCUGCAGCACGAGCGCAGAGAGAGCUUCGUGUGCGAAGAGUGUGGCAAGUCUUUCUCAGAGAAUCAUCGAUUGAAACAGCACAUGAUGACCCAUACCGGCGAUCGGCCGCACGAUUGUCAUAUCUGUGGCAGGGCCUUCGCACGUAGAACUGCGUAUAGGCAACAUUUGUUAAUUCAUACUGGAAAACGACCGUAUAUUUGUGACAUUUGUGGGAAAGCUUUUACGCAAAAGCCUGGAUUGAUAUGUCAUCGGAAAUCUCAUCCUGGAGUACAUCCUCCUUUACCAGUAGUGCAUAUCGAUCAUAUCCUCAAUGAUUUCAUGAACAAACAAUAA